AUGGCUUCUGCUGCGUCCCCAUCUACGCCGUCCGGGGGGGUAAACUCGUCGAUGUGGGCCAACCAGCCUCCUAGCAGGCAGGGAUGGGGUCGGAACGGCGAAUCAGGCCCCGCCUUCCGCGGCGCGAGCCGAGCCAAAGAUACAUCCCAGAAUGCCCCUCCCCUUGCACCGGCUGCGUCCAGCACUCCUGCUCCCCCAAGUGGAACCCCCUCUCCUGCACUGUCGAAAGCAUCAAGCCAGUCGAAGGACACUCACCCUCGCCCGCGAAAGACCUCUGAAGCAAAGCCUCCGCGCAAAGUAGUACCUCCAAUCGUGGUCGAGCCUCCACCGAUCGCAGCAUCUAAUUCACCUAUAUCUGCAACGACUCCGAUUCGCUCUCGCCGAAAACGCUCGCAGAACCGCAGCAUGUCUAACUCCUCGUCAAAGAAGUCACUCUCUACGGAGUCUAGCACGAGCCAUUUGCGUGCCGAGAAAUCGCCCACAAUCACCAAGGACCUCCCCCCGCAUCUUGCACCUGUCCCUCCCGAAACGCCAUCGUUCGAUAUCAAGCACGACAUCAACGCUCUUGUCGAGCGUGUGCGGGCCGUGGCAAUGGAAAGGCCAAACACGCCAGGUAGCCACAUCGACUGGGCCGGAGAGGACGAUGACAGCCUGCCUGACUUGGACGAUUGGGGUGUCAAGAGCGUAACGGACAAGAGCACGAGCAGUUCUAUACCAGAGCAGCCCGAGAAGCCUGACUUACUCUCUCCCAUGCUAGCCGACGCGUUGAGACCUCUGCCUAGCGUCGAAGUGGGGACCCCUCUCGCCGUGUCAGCUGCCCCCACCGCCGAGAAGGCGCCUGCACCUGCCCAGCCUUUAACCAGUGGCGAAGUUGGAAAUAACACGCCUCGUGGCCCAACCAGUUUGAAGGCUCACUCGGACAAGUUUGUGGUGGACAGGGCUCCUCUAGCCGGCCUAAAGAAACAAACGGAAAGGAAAAAGGCAGACGCUCAUGCGAAGUCCCCUGAACAAUCCGCUUCGGUCCCCAAACCCGCUGCGGAACAAGCAACAGCACCCAAACAGCCUUCACCAAAGCAAGCAAACCACCCUCUUCAUCCUUCCCUCCCCCCAAAGCCGAUUGAAGCGAUCGAUGCGCUCACGAAGCGUGUCCCUCGGAAGCCCGCCCCCGUACAGACCCCAGACCCCGCCGCCGACUAUGAUGUGCCGCUCAAGAGCGGAUUAUCAGAAUCUAUGCAUGCUCCUAAACCUAACAGCUCAAUCUCGCCCGAGAGUUCUGGCGACUCCCCUUCGCCCGAGCCUCAAGGUGUCCCCGCAUCGAAGCCUGCUCCCGUACACUCCGCUCCUAGUUAUAUCACCACCCACUCUACGCCAUCCUUCCAGCCUGGUCAUGGUCGUGCGCAUACCAUCGGCCGUCCACGGGACCUUCGGAUGCCGCACGGCGCCUCACCCGCCGCUUUCGAUGGACACCCGGACGAACGCCCUGGUACGUCAACGGCGCAUUCGCGGACUGUGCAUGCAUCGCGCCCCGUUAUCACCGUCGCUGCGCUUUCUGGUCUUGCUCGGGCCUUGGGAGGAACGCCUCCGAAGCGCGAGGCCGCAAGUGUCGCUGCAGCGUUGAAGGACUGA